AUGCAUUUUGUGAAGAAAGUAGCAACAACUGAAGAGCAAAAAUUGAAGAUAGAAAAAGAAAGGACUGAAAAAUUGAAAAUUUACUGUAAAUUGAGGGAUCGCAUCUUUGAGAAACGGAUGAAAGGUGAACUGGACGAGGAAAUGUUAUUACUAACAGCUUCUUUGCUUGAAAAAAACCCAGAUAUUUACACAUUUUGGAAUAUUCGUCGCCAAGUGAUCAAUUUAUUGUCAAUGAAAUUAUCAGAAGAAAGCGACGAAGAAAAUACAAAGAGAAAGGAUCGCAUAUUUCUCUCAGAACUGUUAUUAACAGAAGCUAGCUUAAAGUCUUCAUUACCAUCAACUCUGGGGUAUUUUCAUAUAUUCUGCAUUAAGGCAAAUUCCAAAUCAUAUUGUGCCUGGUUUUAUCGUCUUUGGUGUUUCAAACAAUUGUCAAACCCAGAUAUAGCGGAGGAAUUAGCAGCUUGCGAAAAAUUUUUGAAGCUGGAUGGUAGAAAUUUUCAUUGCUGGGACUACCGGCGAGAAAUAGCUCGAUUUGGUUCUCAUUCAGCUGAAGAAGAACUCAAGUUUUCAGAUAGAUUGAUUAAUGCAAACUUCAGUAAUUAUUCCUCAUGGCACUAUCGUUCGUCUCUUCUGCCAUCAUUAUUCCCUGAUACUGAAAAUCAGCUAACUGUAGAUAAACCAACAUUAUAUAAUGAAUACCGAAAACUGGAAAAUGCGUUUUUUACGGAUCCCGAAGAUCAAAGUGCUUGGAUAUUUGCUGAAUGGCUUUUACUGUCUGAUGAAAAGAGAAAAAAAUAUGACAUUGAUAGUGUCCAUUUAUUGGGAUUGAUGUUCGAUUUCACUCCUUACAAAUGCAGUCAUACGGCAGUUUCAUAUUUAUCAGUCACAUUUGAUCGUGCUAUAAAGCUGACAAGGAUAUCUGAUUUUGUGGUUGUAAAAAUGAAAAAUGGUGAUCAAUGGACUCCCUUUAAGAAUUCCGAAAUGGUAGAUAAUAGAACAUUCCGUGCUAGUAAUUCAUAUCGAUUUGAAAUCGAUGACGAAAUAGCCGAAUGUCAUUUACGUCCUUCACUUGGUGAACCGUAUGAAAUCAUCGAUAUGGAAAGUGGAUAUGUUAAUUUUGAUGAAAUUUAUCACAUCUACCACAUCAAAUGCAAACCAGUUAAUGAAGCACGAAGAAUUAUCAUCGAAAAACUGAUGGAUAAUUGUCAGGAACUGUUAAGUGAACUGAAAGUUGAACAGAAACAGGAGAUUUUGAAGUGGCCACUUCUUACAUAUACCUUUGCGAUUUUGGAAUUAGAACCGAUUAAAAUGUUUUCAACAAUUUUGACGAAUUUGGAGGAAUUAGCUACAAAUGUUGAUCCACAGCGAUGCGAAAUGUAUGAAGAGAUGGCUAUGAAUUUACGAAUUAACGAAAAAUUACGCCAGAAGAUAGAUAAUGUGCAUAGGAUAGAUAUUUUAUUCAGACAAGUUGAUGGUCAUUUUGUGGGAAAACUGAAACUGGACAAUUUGGGUCUGAAAAGCAUUGACCAUUUAAAAUAUUUGUCAUCAUUUAUUACACACUUGGAUCUUACUGGAAAUAAAUUCACCAAUUUGUGCAUUUUUGAAUCUUUUCGUCGUUUAACUCAUUUACGACUUUUUAAUAAUCCUAUUACCAGUUUUAAAGGUAUAAGUAUGUUGCCGCAGUUGGAUUAUCUUAGUGUUGUCGAAAUGGCCAAGAAUGAUUUGGAUGUUAAAGAUGACUUUGCACUGAAAAAGAUUAGAAUGUUGGAAUUUGAAGAGUCAGAACAAUCGGUCAAAGUAUAA